AGCAUCCACAUCAUUCAAAUUACAAGCCUGAGGCCGGUGAAUGAGUUGAGAUGCACCGUCGAAAAGAAAUUACGGGUAUACCAAUGUCCUCCUGUCUGCUGAUAGCCUGUAAGCGGGCAUUACGGAGCGGGAACCGACCGACUGCCUAUGCCGCUGCGGUGUACUGGUUGUUCUUAUAAAGAUGACUUCACCUGUCUCAUCUCUCCUCUUUCCAGGGUGACAAUAUUUCCACCAGACCCAAACACCGCACCAGACUAGCCGCGACCAUGGAAAAGCCAUCGCCGCCCACUGAGCACCUCGAAACGAAGGGCCUUGAGAUUCCCUUAGACGCCUCUCCUCCGUCGAGUAUCGACAAUGACCAAGACCUUGUACAACGCAACAAGAAGCUCAACCGGAGGAUCGACCUUCGCAUCCUCCCACUAUGUUGCUGGGUCUAUCUCCUCAACUUCCUCGAUCGAGGCAACAUUGGCAACUCGAAAGUCCUCAACUCCGAGACAGGCGACGACCUACUCCAGCAGACAGGCAUGACAGCCAGUGACUAUGCCAUCACAGUAACCUUGUUCUCUCUGGCGUACGCUCUGUUUGAAGUGCCCUCGAACUGGGUCAUGAAGCACUACGUUCGUCCUUCAAUGUGGUUGGCAUUUCUCCUUUUGGCAUGGGGUGCAUUGACAAUUGGCUUCGCGGGCGUGCACAACUAUGCCACUGUCCUUGGCCUGCGGUUCCUGAUCGGAGUGUUUGAGGCGGGGUUCUUCCCUGGUAUCGUGUACUUCAUCACUAUCUGGUAUCGCUUCAACGAACGUGCCCUACGAAUCGCCCUUGUGGUGGCCUUCUGCAACCUUGCCGGAGCUUUUGGUGGUUCCAUUGCCUACGGUGUCGGACACAUCAAUGGUGCUGGGGGAUUACAAGGCUUCAGAUGGCUCUUCAUCAUUGAGGGCAUCAUCACGAUCGUCAGCGCCUUCGUACUCUUCUGCUUUCUACCCGACUACCCCGCUCGAGCUCGCUGGUUAUCCCCCGAGGACAAACGCUUCGCAGAAGACCGUCUUGUCGAACGAGGUGGUGGCUACAACAGAUCUCAUGCUUCUCGACGAGAGAUAUUGGAGACAUUCUUCAACCCACGUAUGCUUGCACAUUAUAUUGCCUAUAUCGCCGACGUUGUCCCGCAGGGCUCCUUUACUUUCUUCACCCCGACCAUCGUCAAAGGCCUCGGCUACACCUCGAUCCAAGCCCAACUACUCACCGUCCCGCCAUGGUGCGUAGGUUUCGUCUGCGCAAUCACCAUAUCCUAUAUUGCUGAUCGCUUCAAUGCUCGAGGUUGGACCGUCACAAUUGCCUCACUUGUUGGUGGUACAGGAUGGCUAGCAGCCGGACUGCUUCCACACGAUGCCUACGUCAAGCGUUAUGGCUGUCUGUGUCUGGCGGCGUGCGGUGCUUUUCCGGCUGCGCCGUCAAUGACGAACUGGGUGACUUGCAAUACGCCGAGUUUGUUGACCAUCCCAUUUGCCAUUGCUCUGCAUAACUCUUGUGCGGGUAUCGGGCAAAUUAUCGCUCAGUGGAUCUGGGAGGCUGAUGAAGCGGCCAGUGGCUAUCCUACCGGGAAUUUCACCUGUGCAGGCUGCAGUUUCUUUGUGGCUGCCAUUAUGAUAGGGCUGAGGCUUUGGUAUGGCAGCAUGAAUGCGCGAGGAACAACGGAUGCGACUGGCCAGAGCAGAGUUUGGGCUUAUUGAUUGGCACUUCACAACCAGGACGCCGUCACCCAAAAGACCCUUGUCGCGACAAGAUUUGUCUUUUCUCCUGCUUUACAAUCCGCCAUAUAGUGGUAGUGAAUGACCGGUCAACCAUGAUGAUGACAAGGCAGCAAGUCGUGCCUUCCACCAACUACCUAGGUAGCGUCUUCUUGCCCACUGAAGCAAGGUUGACUGACAGGUAUCUUUAUUUCUGGUUGAACGGGGAAUUCACAGCACAAUGACC